AUGAAAUACGCACAGUAUGUUUUCCUGGCCUCGAUCUUCUCCACUGUUGAAUAUAGCCUAGCUCAGACCUGUGCAGUGGAGUCUUUCUCUGUGAAAGACAAUUUUGAUCCAAAAAGGUAUGCAGGAAAAUGGUAUGCCCUGGCCAAGAAGGAUCCAGAAGGACUUUUCCUUCAGGACAACAUCUCUGCUGAGUACACCGUGGAGGAAGAUGGCACAAUGACAGCGUCUUCCAAAGGCCGAGUGAAGCUUUUUGGGUUCUGGGUGAUCUGUGCUGACAUGGCUGCUCAGUAUACAGUCCCCGACCCAACCACUCCAGCAAAAAUGUACAUGACCUACCAGGGCCUGGCCAGCUACCUCUCCAGCGGUGGGGACAACUACUGGGUGAUUGACACCGACUAUGAUAACUAUGCCAUUACCUAUGCCUGCCGCAGCCUAAAGGAGGAUGGCUCCUGUGAUGAUGGCUACUCCCUGAUCUUCUCACGCAAUCCCCGUGGCCUCCCCCCAGCCAUUCAGCGCAUUGUGCGUCAGAAGCAGGAAGAAAUCUGCAUGUCUGGCCAGUUCCAGCCUGUGCUUCAGUCAGGGGCCUGCUAAAAGUACACUUCUGAUCCUAUCCUUAAGAACAGAAACCAGACCUCUUGGUCUUGAAGUUGCCACUCAGCUAAUGAAAAAAGAAAAUCAUAGUAUGGACUAGUGUGUCUUUCCUGAAAAACACAUGAAAAUGUUUGUAGACUGUGUGCAAUACAGUACUCGUAUUUGAAUUUUCAGGGGAAUACCUAACGUGGCAUUGGUCAAUAAAUGUUUUUAAAAAA